AUGGAAUCAAGAAAAAUGUCGUUGGUUUAUUCCUCCGAUUUCAAUUUAUUAAACUACAGAAUAGCAGCAGCAGCAGAAACAACAGAAACAUCACCACCACCACCAACACCAGAAUAUUUAACAACCCGACUCAUCAACCUCAUACGCCACUAUAACAACAGCAGCAACACUAACAUUAUCUACAACAAAAACAAAAAGAGAGUUUUAGUCUCCCAAGACGAUUUAUUAUCAUCACCUAUCUUUGCCAAAAGACAUUAUUCAAAUCAGAUCGAAGAGGAAUUGGAUCAUUUGGAACAGAUACACUUGGAAAAGACAGCUGCAAACGAUAAAAAGAAAAUCCAAGAUUCAAGUCAUCAUCAAAAGACAGCUCAAUUGAUUUACUCUUCACCCACAACACUAUCUUUUGCAUCACCUAUUAGAUUGAAUGAUAACCCUUCCUUUUCUUGCUCUUUUAAUAACAAACAAACAGAAUCAUCUAAUCAUCAUCAACAAACAGAAGAAUCAUCACCAUCAUCAACGUUAUUAUUAGUAAAUAACAAUCGUUAUAAUAAUAAUAUUAUUAAAUCAAAAGCGAUUUUAAAACAAUCACCUCAACUUGUAUUAGUAAAAUCAAUUGCAAUCAAACAACGACCAUUGUUGUACGCACGAUCCAUUUGUACUGAAUACUAUCAACCUCUAAAAAUGGCACCCCAACAAAUCAAGUUGGUCACUCCUCCUCCAUCUCCAAGAGUGUUGGCCCCAACUUUGGUCAAUAGUAGUAGCAGCAGUAGUAGUGCUUCUUCUACUGAACAACAACAACAACAGCCAUGUAAAAAGUUUGAAAAGAAUCUUUGGAAACCAACAUUAUGUAGUUUUUGUUUCAAUUCUAUUGAUAAACAUCAAAAUCUUGAUAUUGAUUCAAUCAAUAAUAAUAAUAAUAAUAAUAGUAGUAAUAAUAAUAUAGUUUUACCACAAACACCAAGAAAAAUGAUAUCAGUAGUAACUUCACCACCCAUUUCACCAUCAGUAUCUGUUAGUAAUUCACGUUCAUCAUCGUCAUUGUUGAUGGAUCAAUCAUCAUCAGUUCCAACAACUCUAUCCUCCUCCACCUCCUACACCUCCACCUCUUACUCAUCACCUGUACAAAAUUCAAGUUCUCCUGGAGGAUUACAUAGAAGAAAACCAUCCAAAGCAUCUAUAGAAGACAUUCAAUUGGAAUCGUUGCAACUCAAUAUUCCAACACCUCAACAAUUCACUCAACUUGUUCCGAAAAUAACAAUUAUUGCAUCGCCAACAGAAUUCCAACCAAUCAAUCAACAACAAUCUUCACAGGCUAUUAUUAAAAUGGUGCCAAUCUCUAGUCAACAGAAUAACAACAACAAAUCAAACCGAAAAUCAGUAUCAAUCACCAUAUCAACUUCGACAUCUUCGUCUUCAUUGAUCAACAAUGAAACAGAUGCAGUUGUAGGUGUCACUACUUCAUCGUCUCGUUCAUCGACCAGUAUAUUGUCAAAGGAGACUUCAACCGAUUCAUUGUUAUCAACCACUAUUUUAACAACAACCACAAGCUCAACUGUUCCAUUUCAAGAUGACCAACAACAACAACAAACAUUGGCCAAUGGUAAUGGUUGUUCAUCUCCAUUAUUGUCAACUUCACCACAAAUGCCAAACUCUGCCAAUUGUUCACCCAUGAUGUCAUCUAAAAAGGCUCCAACUACAAUGACCACUACCACAACCUCUUCAACAUUGACCACUCGAUUACCAAGACUACAAAUUGGCAGUCUUGAAAACCAACAAGCUGGUGAUGCCAAGGUUAUAGUCCCACCACUUACUCUCAAACAUCAAUCAAGUACUGCUACUCAAGAAGAUGAGGAAGAAGAAGACGAUCCAUUUGCAGAUUUUGAGGAUCUUGUUGAUAAUACUCCACGUGGAGGAUCAACUUCAACCACUACAACUACUCACACUACCACGACAAUUGAUAAUGGCAAGCUUGAAACUACUUCAUCUCAGUCGACUACCACCAUCCUCUGUAGUCCACGCAAGCUAGACACUACAACUACCACCACUACAACCAGUACAUCGACAUCUUCGGCUCCCUCACCAUCCUCUACCAUUUCAUCGGGAUCAUCAUCCAAGGCCAAUUCCAUGGGAAGCAGUCUAAGCUCAUUCCUCAAUGCAAAGAAAAAAUCACCCUCUACCGUCCUCGCCAAAAAGACUAGUGGUAUGAUGAAAAUGGAUCAAUACGCAGAAAGUGAAGAUGACUGGGACCAAGGAAUGGAUCUUUCAUCAUUCCUCAAGCAAAAGAAUCGUGUAAAAGACUUUAGCUACGCAAACAACAAAAUAAUGGAAAUAUCAAGCGUAAAGGAAGAGGCUCAAAGACAAUCUGUCGAUUUUGGUGGAGGUAUUCACCCAAGUGCUUUCGCCGCGUUCAAAGAAGUCCUACAAGCAAAGGAAACCCAAAUCCAACGUGCCAUUAAAUCAAACAAAAUUGAUAGCGAUGAAAGUACCAUGUUGAUUGAACAUAUCCAAGGUGUAAAGGAAUUGUUGGAAAGAUUAUUAGCAAUCAAUGAAAAACGUGAUCAAAAAUUACAACAAAAGAAAUUAAUCAAUAAUAAUAAUAUCAAUAUCUUAACAACAGCAUCUUAA